UCUCGAAAUAUACUGCGAGCUUGUUCGGUCGAUUGCCUUGCCGGGGAAUAAUUCUCAGGAAAUCAUUUUGGGAAUCAUAAACAAGCAAAUUGUUGCAGGAACAUUUACAUAUCAAGUUGUGACAGACAUAACCGGGCCUAAUUCCGUGCCCUUACCUUACGGUUCUUUUAUUCUUC